GUUUGGAUUUUUGUAGAGGUGCCUUUCUCUAAACUUGCAACAUAGCAUAGUUUUAGUUUAGUGUUUUCAAUUUCAUUCACGAAAGCUGGCGGGUGUGCAAAUGUGUUAAAAAUAAAGUGGAAAGAUAUUUUAAUAUAAUUGAAAGUGUUAAAAUACGUUUAAUCAGUUAAUGCAAUAGUCAAGGGCUGAGGGCGCGGCGAGUGGCUAGACGGCAUCAUGGACGACGACCAACAGUUCUGCCUGCGGUGGAACAACCAUCAGUCUACACUGGUGUCUGUUUUUGACACUCUUCUGGAGAAGGGAAUGCACGUGGACUGCACCCUAGCUGCUGAAGGACAGACGCUCAAGGCGCACAAAGUAGUCCUAUCAGCAUGCAGUCCCUAUUUCGAGAGUGUAUUAUCACAGCAGUAUGAUAAGCAUCCAAUAAUUAUCCUCAAAGAUGUCAAAUAUGCUGAGUUGAGAGCAAUGAUGGAUUAUAUGUAUCGCGGUGAAGUCAACAUAUCUCAAGAUCAGUUGGCCGCACUGCUGAAAGCUGCAGAGUCCCUUCAGAUCAAAGGGCUCUCUGACAACAAGCCCUCGAGGCCACCGUCGCGCCCUGCGCAGGCUGUACCUGCACACCCGCCGCGUGCACCUUCACCUCCGCCACAGGUCCGAGAUGGUAGUAUAGAUAGCCGUGAAGGAUCAGUAAGUCCAACACGACGUCGGAAGAAAGCGCGUCGCAUGUCCAGUGAAAUUCCACCCGUACCUAUCCCGCCACCCAACGACAACGCCCAGGGAAAUGGAGAGGACACCGCACCUUGCAAGGAAGAAUUGCAGCGGGACGGCGUCGAGGACCUCACACUAGACGAGGAGACUGACGACCAGCCCGCCGUGGCACACAACGACGUUGUACGCAAUUUCCAAUGGCAUAUGGAACGAUCUCAAGAUGACCUGAUGAACUCGAGUGACAGCGCACGAGAGUCGCAAGGUCAAAACUCAACGCUGCGACAUAGUAUCGUGACUCGUAGUAAAAAAGUAGAUGAAACCACAACACUAGCGAUAUUGAAAACAGUAAAGUCACCUCCGCCACCGCCGGUCAGCACGACCGAGGAGACGAAAGAGAACAAAAAGUUGGAAAAUAAAUCUCUCAAGCCGGCGACGCCGAAGCCCUCGCCCAAGGUGUCGCCCAAGGCGUCCCCCGACAGCUCGCCGGAGCGCGGCGAGCGCGGCGGCAAGGCGUCGCCGUACAACAUCCUGCCGCCGGCCAGCGCGCGGCUGGAGUGCGCGCAGUACAAGACUGACAAGGGCUACCGCUGCCCCAAGUGCCAGCGCUGCUACAACGCGCGCAAGAACCUCGUGCGCCACGUCACGCUGGAGUGCGGCCGCGAGCCGCAGUACAAGUGCCCCUACUGCCCCUACAGCAAGCACCGCCGCAACGAGCUCAAGAAGCACAUCGACAAGAAGCACCCCAACCAGCCCUCGCUCGAGUUACACAAGGAUAGCCACCUGCCAUCGGCUCUGCUGUCCCUGCUGUCAGUACAGCAGGCGCAGUCGCAGUCGCUGGUGUCGCUGGUGCCGUCCUGCAUCCAGGUCACUAACAUCAUGAAGCCCUCCGCCACUAAAGACCUUGCGCCCUAUCCCUCGCCGCUGCACAUACCCAAGCUGCCAUUAGAUACGCUAAAUUCUAUUCCGGAGAAUAUUAAAGCGCAUCUUUUGCAGCAAGCUUUUAUGCAAAACAACAAUACUGUAACACCGAACAUUGACUAUAAGCUGCCCAUCAAGCAGGACGAUACUGAGUCUGACGCGGAGUACGAUGACACGGAUGACAUAGUACUGCCCGAAGAGUCUGAUACGUUCUACGACAGCAACGGCGGGUUCCCUGGCAAUUCGGGCGGCAUUCACAGCGACGACGGCUUCGAAACUAAACCAGACAUGAAAGGACACUGGAAGAGAGACGGCAACAGCUCGGACGAUGCGAGCCGACAGUUUGAAUGUAAGCAUUGCGGUAAGAAGUAUCGCUGGAAGUCCACCCUGCGCCGCCACGAAAACGUGGAGUGUGGCGGCAAGGCCCCAUCCCACCAAUGUCCCUACUGCUCCUACAAGGCCAAGCAGCGGGGCAACCUAGGCGUACACAUAAGAAAGCACCACAACAACGAGUGGUACAUAUACGCUAGCAACAAAGUGAGGCGGAAUAAAAAAACCUCCAUUUAGUUAUGUUUAAGAAGAGAAAUAUAUUUUAAAAAUCUUUAGACCAAAGUAGA